UAUUCUCCACUCAUAUUCGCAGCGGAAUUGAUCACCUGUAUCUGCUUUCACACUAAACCCCUUUUAACUCAAAAAACACCAGACAUCACCGUUCCUUUCAAAUCAUCAACGCGAAACACAGAAUCACCUUGCAGCUCACCGCACCGACUAAAAUCCACACUGCUUUAUCUUUUCCCGUGAACGCUCCCUGCUGAUACGUCACCGUUUUGGUUAAUCCGGAUCGCAAAAACGACGUCGCCGACCUGAGAAGGGCGGGGAAGAAGAAGAAGAAGAACGCGUGGUCGUUUGAUUUUGCGCAGAGUGAAGAAAGCGAAGAGAAGAAAUGCUCGAUGCAUAGUUACAAUUGCAAGCCCUUCAUAUUCUUGUGACAGUGAAGAUAGGUUGAGGUUUAAUUUUGGUUAGAGAAAGUGGUGAAGGAGAAUAGAAAAGUGAAAACCGGAACCAGGAGAUGCAAAUGGAAGCUAGGGUUGGCGUGGCGGUGGACGGUGGUGUACGGAAAUUGGUGCAGCCGCCGCCAAAGCAGAUUGGAACUAUUUCGCAACUUCUCGCCGGAGGAGUCGCUGGCGCGUUAAGUAAGACCUGUACGGCGCCGCUUGCUAGACUCACCAUCCUCUUUCAGGUUCAGGGAAUGCAUUCCAACGUUGCGACUUUGAGAAAGGCCAGUAUAUGGAAUGAGGCUUCACGGAUUAUCCAUGAAGAGGGAUUUCGGGCUUUCUGGAAAGGGAAUCUGGUGACCAUUGCUCACCGGUUACCUUAUUCUUCGGUUAACUUUUAUUCUUACGAGCACUACAAGAAGUUGCUAAAGAAGGUUCCGGGAUUGCAAAGUCAUAGAGAUAAUGUUAGUGCAGACCUUUGUGUGCAUUUUGUCGGCGGUGGCAUGGCAGGAAUUACUGCUGCUACAUCUACUUAUCCCUUGGAUCUUGUAAGGACGCGGCUGGCUGCGCAGACAAAUUUUACCUAUUACAGAGGUAUCUGGCAUGCUUUACACACAAUUAGCAAGGAAGAGGGGAUACUUGGACUUUAUAAGGGACUUGGAACUACACUCUUGACUGUAGGGCCAAGUAUAGCUAUCAGCUUCUCUGUAUAUGAAUCCCUGAGAUCUUAUUGGCAGUCAAAUAGAUCCAAUGAUUCUCCUGUUGCCGUUAGUCUGGCAUGCGGCAGUCUUUCAGGCAUUGCAUCAUCAACAGACAAGUAGUAUUGAUAUUUGGUUUUUGAUGUUCCUUCCAAAUGGGGUUAUGCACAUUCUUUUGGUAUAUUACCUUUUUCCUACUCUCUUUGUGGCAUUAGGGCACUCAACUUAGUUUUGUUGUAUCAAAUGUUCAAUAGAUGUUCAAUUACAGUUAAGAAUCCUUUACUCAAACUAUUGAAUUUGCUCCACCCAAGAACAUCAAAGAAGUUAAUGUCUGUAGUGGUUUAUUAUGCUUUUGAUGCAGAGAAAGAGAGUUUGGUGCAGGAACUGCACCAAGUAUCUAACCAGAUUGACCCCUAGAACCAGAGACCAGGUUGGAGUUGUUAUUUUAUCUGUGGCAUAUGACAAUAUAGUAAGGAAGACGUUAAAAAGACCCUUUUCUUGUCUUUCUGUAACUUCAUUAUUGUCUAAAGAUCUUGCUCAAGUAAUCAUCUUCCCAAGGUUUGUUCUAUGACAUGUCUCCCCAAGCUAUGCAGUGGAUUUCAUCAUGGGGUGGCAUUGCCUGGAUGAACCUAUAUGAUUUCCUCGAUUACCAAAUGUGAGAGGUGUCCUCUUUGAGGUAUGCUUCUCACUUAAGGCUACCUUCACCUGAUGUUUGGCUGGGUACCGGAAUCCUCUUCAGACCUUGUUGAUGUGUUUCUGAAGAAUCUGUUUUUACAGCUUUAAUAAUAUUGCUUUCAGCAUAUUCUAAAAUUCUGAAUGGUGGAAAUUAUGGUACCAAAUUAAUAAAAUUAAUGGUUUAUGAUAAAGUAUUUUCGAUAAAUGGAAUUGUCGACAAAGAACUACUGUUAAACAUGGGACAGAAACCAAAUAUUACUGAUUGGGAGAUGGAUAAUUGUGUCAAAUAUUAUUCAGAUAGAGACUAACCACAUGCACAUCCAAAAUAUUCAUGCAUGCCAAACUUUAGUAGUGUCCUUUUAUCAACUGUGUCAAUAAAGGUUGUCUGCCCUUCUGCUGCCAGCCAUUAUAUGUUCAGGUAAGGCUGUAUUUUACUUAGACUCUUACUACUUGUGUGUUUGGAUUUGUUAAAUACUGCAGCCACCACCGUGUUAUGAUGGACUUGUACAUCCAUAGUUUCUUGAUGUCAAAUGAUAACAAAUUCUAUGUUCAUCAUAUUUACUCUUUAGAAUAGCCUAUAAAGUUGAAGUGCAGGUUUUGCAACUUUUUCAGAGACACAGGAUCACUACAAUAAGAAACUCCCAUUUUGUCUUACAGUUCACUGGUUAUUAACUUCAAAUGUAGUUUAUUUUGAUUUCAUUUCUUGCUUUGGAAUUAGUUUGCACUUGAGUGGAUUAAUCAUCAUACCACUUUUGAUAAUGCCCUGUCUUGUCCCAAACAUUAACGAUCUGAUGUAAAAUCGAGUUGCUGUUGACUAGAAUGGGUAUAGUUCAAUUCAUCUGUUAUUCUAUAUGCAGCAACGUUUCCCUUGGAUCUUGUGAGGCGGAGGAAGCAACUUGAGGGGGCUGGUGGGCGAGCCCGUGUGUAUACAACAGGCCUCUAUGGUGUUUUUAGGCAUAUAAUCCAGACAGAAGGCGUGCGUGGUCUUUACAGAGGAAUUUUACCUGAAUACUACAAGGUGGUGCCAGGUGUCGGUAUUUGUUUUAUGACUUACGAAACUUUGAAGAUGCUUUUAUCAGAUAUUGCUACCGGAUAACCACACACCCAUCAACACUGGGGUCUGGUAUGCAAGAAGUAAAUUGAUAAAGUUUUUUACCCAUGCAAAAGGGUUAGAGUUACAUUUACGAUUUAACAAUUGUAGUUCAUUUUAUUUCACGAGUCCUCAACAUGGGAAAUUUUGUAAUGCUCCCUUGGGGAUUGCAUUUUUGCAUGUACAGAAACUUGCAUAACAUUUAAUAUUAAGAUGUUAUCGUCAUGGAUUC